AUGACUCCACACGCCUCUCAUGUCUUCCCGCCCGCGCCUCCACACGCCUCCCAUGUCUUCCCGCCUGUGCCUCCACACGCCUCCCAUGUCUUCCCACCCAGGCCUCCACACGCCUCCUAUGUCUUCCCGCCCGUGCUUCCACACGCCACCCAUGUCUUCCCGCUCGUGCCUCCACAUGCCUCCCAUGUCUCCCCACCCGUGCCUAAACACACCUCCCAUGUCUUCCCGCCAGUGCUUCCACACGCCUCCCAUGUCUUCCCGCCCGUGCCUAAACACGCCUCCCGUGUCUUCCCGCCCGUGCCUCCAGACGUCUCCCGUGUCUUCCCGCCCAUGACUCCACACGCCUCUCAUGUCUUCCCGCCCGCGCCUUCACACGCCUCCCAUGUCUUCCCGCCUGUGCCUCCACACGCCUCCCAUGUCUUCCCACCCAGGCCUCCACACGCCUCCUAUGUCUUCCCACCCAUGCCUCUACACGCCUCUCGUGUCUUCCCGCCCGUGUCUCCACACGCCUCCCAUGUCUUCACGCCCGUGCUUUCACACGCCUCCCAUGUCUUCCCGCCCGUGCCUCCACACGCCUCCAACGUCUUCCAGCUCGGGCCUCCACACGCCUCCCAUGUCUUCCCGCCCGUGCCUCCACACGCCUCCCUUGUCUUCCCGUCCGUGCCUCCACACGCCUCCCAUAUCUUCCCGCCCGUGUCUCUACACGCCUCCCAUGUCUUCACGCCCGUGCGUUCACACGCCUCCCAUGUCUUCCCGCCCGUGCCUCCACACGCCUCCCACGUCUUCCAGCCCGGGCCUCCACACGCCUCCUAUGUCUUCCCGCCCGUGCCUCCACACGCCUCCCAUGUUUUCCCGUUCGUGCCUCCACACGCCUCCCAUGUCUUCCCGCCCUUGCCUAAGUACGCCUCCCGUCUUCCCUCCCCCUCCCAUGUUUUCACGCCCGUGCCUCCACACGCCUCCCGUGUCUUCCCGCCCGUGCCUCCACACGCCUCCUGUAUCUUCCCGCCCACGCCUUCACAAUCUUUCCAUAUCUUCACGACCGUGCCUUCACACAUCUCCCAUGUCAUCCCGCCUGUGCCUCCACACACCUCCCGUGUCUUCCUGCCCGUGCCUUCACACGCCUCCUAUGUCUUCCCGCCCGAGCCUCCACACGCCUCCCGUGUCUUCCCGCCCGUACCUCUACACGCCUCCCGUGUCUUCCCGCCCGUGCCUCCACAUGCCUCCCAUGUCUUCCCGCCCGUGCCUCCACACGCCUCCUGUGUCUUCAAGCCCACGCCUACACAAGCCUCCCAUGUCUUCACGCCCGUGCCUCCACACGCCUCACAUGUCUUCCCGCCCACGCUUCCACAAGCCUCCCAUGUCUUCACGCCCGUGCCUCCACACGCCUCCCGUGUCUUCCCGCCCGCGCCUCCACAAGCCUCCCAUGUCUUCACGCCCGUGCCUCCACACACCUCCCGUGUCUUCCCGCCCGCGCCUCCCGUGUCUUUAGCCCACGCCUACACACAAGCCUCCCAUGUCUUCAAGCCCGUGCCUCCACACGCCUCACAUGUCUUCCAGCCCACGCCUACACACAAGCCUCCCACGUCUUCAUGCCCGUGCCUCUAUACGCCUCCCGUGUCUUCCCGAACGUGCCUCUACACGCCUCCUGUGUCUUCCCGCCCGCGCCUCCACACGCCUCCUGUAUCUUCCCACCCACGCCUUCACAAGCUUCCUAUAUCUUCACGCCCGUGCCUUCACACACCUCCCAUGUCAUCCCGCCUGCGUCUCCACACACCUCCCGUGUCUUCCCGCCCGUGCCUCUACACGCCUCCCAUGUCAUCCCACCUGCGCCUCCAUACACCUCCCGUGCCUCCACACGCCUCCCUUGUCCUCCCGCCCGUGCCUCCACACGCCUCCCGUGUCUUCCCGCCCGUCCCUCUACACGCCUCCCGUGUUUUCCCGCCCGUGCCUUCCAUGUCUUCCCGCCCGUGCUUCCACACGCCUCCAAUGUCUUCCCGCCCGUGCCUACACCCGCCUCCCAUGUCUUUCCGCCCGCGCCUCCACACACCUCCCGUGUCUUCCCGCCCGUGCCUCCAAACGCCUCCCAUGUCUUCCCGCCUGUGCCUCCACACACCUCCCAUGUCUUCCCGCCCGUGCCUCCACAUGCCUCCCAUGUCUUUCCGGUCAUGCCUCCACACGCCUCCCAUGUCUUCCCGCCCGUGCCUCCACACGCCUCCCGUGUCUUCCCGCCCGUACCUCCACACGCCUCCUGUUUCUUCUCGCCCGUGCCUCCACACGCCUCCCGUGUCUUCCCGCCCGUACCUCCUCACGCCUCCCGUGUCUUCCCGCCCGUGCCUCCACACACCUCCCAUGUUCCCGGACGCCGCUCGUACCUUCACCCGAUGCCUCGACAUGCUCCCGAUGCCUCGACAUUCUCCCGAUGCCUCGACAUUCUCCCGAUGCCUCGACAUGCUCCCGAUGCCUCGACAUGCUCCCGAUGCCUCGACAUGCUCCCGAUGCCUCGACAUGCUCCCGAUGCCUCGACAUUCUCCCGAUGCCUCGACAUGCUCCCGAUGCCUCGACAUGCUCCCGAUGCCUCGACAUUCUCCCGAUGCUUCUACAUGCUCCCGAUGCAUCGACAUGCUCCCGAUGCCUCGACAUGCUCCCGAUGCCUUGACAUGCCACCCAUGA